CUGCCCCCUGAGCGUCAUUCUGGUUUAAGAAUCAUCCCUGUAACUGUGCAUGGAGGAGGGAAAAGCAUUACCACCUAUGCUUUCUUGGAUGAUGGGUCGUCCGUAACAUUAAUCGAAGAUGGAUUGGUGAAACAACUCGGAGUUGUUGGCGCGAAGCAACCGUUAUGCUUGAAGUGGACUGGUAAUAUGUCACGAGUAGAAAAUGAUUCUCGAACAUUAUGCGUAUCGCUGUCGCAAGGAAACCGUCGUGCCUAUGAGCUGCGUGAUGUACGCACGGUAAAAGAGCUCACUCUUCCUAGCCAAAGCCUAGACGUUAAUAAAUUAGCAAAAACGUUCCCACAUCUCCGAGGCAUUCCGGUACAGAGCUACUACGCAGCUGUUCCACGUUUAUUGAUAGGAAUCGACAAUAUACGAUUAACUGUUCCGCUGAAAACCAGAGAAGGAGCAACAAAUGAUCCAGUGGCAGUGAAAAUGCGGUUAGGCUGGUGCAUCUUCGGAGGAAGUAAGGAAAAUUCAGCUACAUCGUCCUUGAAUGUACACGCGUGCGAUUGUGCUUCAGACCAGACUUUGCACAACAUGGUGUAAGAGUUUUUUGCUACGGAAGAUGUCGGAUCACAGGCAGCAAAGCCGAUCAUAUCGGAAGAAGAGAGAAGAGCUUAUGAACUACUGGAGCAAACAACCAGAAGAGUAGGGGAAAAGUACGAAACCGGGCUUUUGUGGCGUUUGACGAUUUUAAACUACCAGACAGUUACGGGAUGGCGCUAAAACGUAUGGAAUGUCUCGAACGACGAACGAGAACCUCAACUAAAGGAAAAAAUGGCGAAGCAAAUCGACGAUUAUAUCAAUAAAGGAUACAUUCGUCGAGCUUCGGAACAGGAAUUGAAAAAAUCACAAGAAGGUUGUAUGCAAAGCCACGACCGCAAGGUUGAAGUAGAAUACUUUUACAAGAAAGAUAACCUGGCUGCUUGCGUGUCAGUCAUUUUUUCUAGUAAAUAAACGUUGACCGUUCAUUGGCAGUAUUGUAAUUUCUUUUUGUCUGAUAUUUUGAAUGAAGUUCAUUGGAUAUUUUUAAAUUUUGUGCAAAUGAGAAGUUGAAGUGCUGCCGUAUUGUGAUAUGCACAUUUAAUACGACAUCAUUAAACGGGAACGGAAC